AUGAAUAACGACAAAAAUAAAGUUAAAUUUACUCUGAAUUUAAAUUCUUUGAAACGUCCAAGAACAAGAUCAGUAAAUACGAAAGAAAAGAAAGAAGAGGCAACAAGCGAAUCACAAAUAAGACCUUUAUUUCCUAAUCUUCCUUCGGUAUUGAUAACUCCUCCUUCUGCUGUCAAAAUAACAGCAUGUAAAAUCAUAUUACCUAACAAAAUAGUAUCUAAAGAAACGAAAUCUAAAGUGAUAACAUUGAUGGCAAUAGUUCAAAAAGUGAUGGCUCAGAAAGCGACAACAUUGAUGACAACAGCUCAGAAAGUGAUGAUAGUUGAUCAAGGUAAAUAA